AUGCAGGCUAAUCUGAAUGAUUACUGCAAGAUUUUAGAAGAUCAGAGUAAAGCAGUACCGAAUGACGCCAGGCAGAUAAGAUACUGUAAAUAUAUUACCAGGUUCGCUUCUCAUUUCGGAGCCGAGCGUUGUGAGGUGGUAGGAAGUACAAUAGAGGGGACACGGCUCCGAUCUCACAAGGACGAGGGUGACUAUGAUUAUCUGAUCAUAUCAGGAACCACCAUUCCUGUAGAGGCUUUAGAACACAGAGAAGACGUUCCCUGUUUUGUUCACAUACUCUCAGAUAAACUGAAAGUUUCUUUUUCUGAUGACUUUGUGGUGGAUGGGAAAUAUCUUCACAGUCGUAUUCUGAAAAAUCUAGAUAAAGAAGCUUUUAAGAUUAUGAGAGGACUAUUCCCUGUCUUCACAGACUCAAGAAAGUCAAAAGGAAGACACACAGAACAUAUGGAAUUCAAUCGAGAGGCAAAACCUGGCAUGACCCAAGAACAUUUUGCUGGUUUCGAAAUAUUAAGUCAAAGUGAAAACAAGUCUAAACAUAGUCAAACAGAAUCAAAAGGGGAAGUAAGUUGUUCUUUCAAGGAACCACUGAAAAGCAUUCUAGACAUGAUUGACAUGAAGAAAAAAGGCGAGGAUACAAAUAUUGACCUAUUUCGAACCUUCGAUAGUUUGAUAGAUGCAGCUUCAUCAUUUGAAAGCGAUUUAUCUGCAUCGUCAUCAAAGAAAAGAAAACUAGACACUCAGGAGUGUAUCAAAGAGUGUUAUGAUUUGUCCUAUCAGGCUUGCGUUGUUAAAUAUGAUUAUAAGAGCAGCAAGGAUUUUAUUGCUGCCUUUCCCUUGAGAUGGAGUCUGUGGUGUCUUGAAGAAUGGAAACAACGAAUGAUGGAAAGGAAAGUGAUGUUUUGGCCAAAACCAGAGAUCAUACAAAAAAUUUACAGUUCCGAAGUCUAUGUGGUAGCUAAGGAAGCAAUUAUAAAUUCAAAGCCUUCAAUUGAUUUUUGUCUGGGAUUUAAUCAAGCGGAAUUGAUUUUAGCAAAGUCUUUGCGUCCUACCCAGAAGUUGUGCCUACUUUUAUUAAAAUCUCUACAGAAAGGUUUCCUUGAGGGAUUUUCAAAGACUCUAACGACUUUCCAUUGGAAAACUGCUUUUUAUCAUACCUGUGAACAGAUAGACCCUGGCCUCUUUAAUUGUCAGUCGACAUUGCUGCAACCUCUUAAGAUGGUCCUCAGUUACAUGACAAAAUGUUUAAACUGCGGAUAUUUACGUCAUUACUUCAUAGAAAGCAACUUAAUCGCUCACAUUUCUCCAAACGAGGCCCGUAGAAUCAGUGCCAAAAUUCAAGAAAUAAUAGAGGACCCAGAAAGCGCCUUUCAAGUUUACUUUGACCGGAAAAAAACUGAAGAAAAACAAACAACACUGAUUUCGGAGAAAGAAUUCCGCCAAGUAACACAACACGAUUCGGGAACAACAGAUAAUCUCCAGAUUAAAAAAAUAAUGGACUUAUGGAAACAACUUCAAGAAGCAUCGGAUAAAAAUAAUUCAAAAAUAUUCACAGCGAUUCUGGAUACCCUACGUCUGGUUAUUGAAGAAGAGACAGACCUUGACUUCAAAAAAGCUCUUAACUUUUUACAAAAUGGAAAGGUUGUUCCAAUUUUAGCACAAGUUGCCAGAAGUAUCACGAACGCAAGGGAAAAGCAACAGGACUACAAUGAAAUAGCAAAGAGUACAUGGCAAAAGUUACUCUCAGAUAGAAGAUGAAUUUUCUUUACUCUCAUAAAUGCCUGCAUAUUUGCUUGCACAAAUGUAAUGUAAAACUGAAUAGUUGGAGGGUUUCUGAUAAUCGACAAUUUGUCGCCAUGUAAAUUUUAUUCUAACAGGAAACCAACUCCAUUGAAAAGACUCUAUAGCAAUAUCCUCAAAAUU